AUGAUUUCGGGAGUCUUGCUCUAUCGGCACUUUUCUUUUUUGAUUCGGAAAAGAAAAAAUCAAGCCUAUCACGGGCUGAAUUCUGUUCCAGCAACAACAGAAAAUAAUAAUCAUCAUGAAAACCAGAUUCAUCCCUCUCUACGUAGAAAUUUGUUGCUACAGAACGUUAUUCAUCAACAUACCGAGAACAUAACAUUGGCCAUUCUUGUACCGUUCCGAAUUUCAGAUGUCAGGAAUAUAAUAUCAAAUUGGAAUGGAUGGGAGAGUCAACAUUAUCCAUGUUCUGAAACUCUUUUCGGACAACAAUCGGCAACAGCAACCUAUAUUCUCCAUUACGAUUUCGAUAUUGAAAAAUUACAUCCACAAGAGCAAAAAGAAUGGAAAGCACUCCUCAGAAAAAUCUCUGUUUUAACACGCCAAGAAAAGAAAAUGCAUUCGGUUGCAGAUGUGUUGAAAAGUGUUUGGAAUAGGUUGCCAAAAGUUUCACAUUGUUUCAAAAAUUUGGUCAUCAAAUCAGCACAUUCCGAAUUCACAAAAAACCAUGCAGAACUCGCAUGUCAAUCCUUCUAUAAUGGAUUUGAUAUGGUCAGAAAAUUAGGAUACGACUACAUGUAUUUCAUGGAAGCAUCCGUUAGGGCAAUUCGAGAAUUUUGGUUGGAUCAACUGUUUGAGCAGAUUUUGACUCGUAGACACAACAAUAAUGAAGGUCGUGUGAGUGAUUUUUGGCAACGAGGAAGCGUUAACCAUUGCCAUCAAGCCAGAAACAGGAUGGCCAGCAGAAAGGAUUAUCGAAUUAAUAGAAACGCCCUCUAUUUUUUAAAAGACGAGAACUUUGUUGAGUAUGUGAACAAAGCUCAUGAGCAUUUUCCAGUUGGAAAUGGUGGUGUUCAAGUAAAAGGUUGUUCUACAGGAUCAAUAGACGGUGUAGGACCUGACGCGGCGUUAUUUGACUAUAGAAUGCAGCCCGUUCAUUGGAGCAUAACUUCUAAUACUUUUCACAAAUUCCAAUACUCUGAUUUUUUCCUUAAUUUUUGUGAGGAACCUAUCCAUCUUGAAGAUUUGUUGCGUGACUUUACAAACACCUACCUUAUCCAGAGCAAAUUUAUUGAAUGGACUCCAGAGCGAAAAUUAUUUUCACUCUUAUACAGAGAGCUAACGGAGAACAAACUCCAUCUCGUACCCAACAAGGAAGAGCACAAACCAAUUUUAGAUUACAUUCGAAUGAUUAUGAAUAAUGAAUCAGGAAAUGCUAAACGCAGUGUGAUGGAAAUGCUUGAAAAUCAUGAGUAUCUCGUUUAUUUACUCUGUUCUACUGCCAGAUAUCUCAACUUUUUUAAAUUGGCUGGCCAUUCUGCUCUCCAUCCAUUGUGCAUCAAAAUUUGUUACAAGAAUCAAAAUUUGGCGAAACUGUUGAACGAAAAAGCACCAGGAUUUUGCGAGCCGUACUCUGAUGUAGCUGAUGAGAAGUGGAAGAAAUCAUCUCUCAAUAAUAAGCUCUAUCUUUGGACAAGCGACUUUCAUGCAGCACCAAUUGGUUGCAACAUGAACAUUUUAUCUGAAGUUGGAAUUGAAACACAUGCAGAAAUUGACUAUGAAAAUUGUAGACAUUUUCCUGGUACUUGCAAAACUCGUCUCAAAGUGUUAUCUAUUGACGGUUGGAAGGGCGUUUCUUUGGAUCCAUGCCCAAACAAGAUAAGACGAGACUUUUUUCAUGCAUACAGGAAUGAUCCAGAGAUGCAAAGAGUUGAUGCUGUAAUUUGUAGCCAUCCUGUCGCCAACUGUGAGUUAUAUCUUCCAUUUAACAAAUCAUUGAUAGUAUAUGCAACUACUCGUUUGGAAUUUGGUAGAAAUGAUAGAUUUAUAGAUUGGAGAAAGCCAUACUUUACCAGUGCCAACACCUAUCGAUGGAUUUCUUGGGUUAAAACUCUGCAAAAAAUAGCUGCGAAUCCAAGAAACAUAAUUGCUGCCAACAACAAAUACGAUGCCGAAUAUAUUUCCUAUCAUACUGGGUUAAAAGUUGAGUAUAUUCCAUCUUGGUGCGGAGAUUUUCCUGAGAGCACCAAGUACAAUCCAGUUCGAACUGAAAUUUUAUUGGGACCAUAUCGCGACAAUUUGAACUAUCCAAGUUUUGACGAACAGAUAGCUUUAAAACAUCCAAUUAUGACUGAUUUAUCGAAUGCAGCUGCUAAGACAAAGACCAAGCUUACAUUUGUUAGAAUGAGAAUAAUUUACCCUCAAUAUUCAAUAUCUGAUUUAGCGUCCCAUCCAGCCAUCGUUCUUAUUCCUUACCAAGUAUCAGUAAUGUCGUUCUUUGAAUAUUAUAGACUUAAUAUCCCACUGUUUGUACCUUCCCUUUCUCUGAUGAUUAAAUGGCAACUUGAACACAACAACAUGUGGGAACGUGUGUAUGGAGAUCCUGAGAGAGUAGUGAAAAUGGAUGACGGUAUUCCGAGUCCCUAUGAAAAUUCUAAAGCUAGUCUGGAAUAUUGGCUUAAGUAUUCAGAUUACUACACGUUUCCUCACAUUCAAACUUUUGACAAUUUUGAAGAUUUAAUUUACAAAAUUGAAAAUUCUGACCUGAAAGCAAUAAGUGACAACAUGAAAGUAUUCAAUGCAAAACAAAGAGAAGAAUUGAAGGCCACCUGGACAAAAAUCAAAAACAAUAUUCUCCAUUAUUCUGGAGGAAGUUUUGGAAAUUCUAAAAUGCCAAGAAAUAUCGAAGAGGGCUUGAAUCAUUAUGGCAUCCCUCCUUUGGGUGUGGAUUUCAGAAAUUACAUGAAUCAAAUGUGUGAAAAAGAUGAACACACCAUUGUCUUGAGAGGCAUAUUCAACAAAGAGCAAUUGGAAAAACAACAACAAUUGUUGGCUCAUCUGAAUAGAACAGAAGAGGCAACUGCAAAAUAA